GGCAAUCGCAAAGGAGCCUGGGUAACUGGCCUCAAAACGAUGGCGGGAAGCGCUCCCCGAUUUUUCCCUUUCUAAGCAAAUUUAACUUUAUAUUUUUACAGUAGCAUGGAUUCUAAAAGCGCCAAGGUUUCCAUGUGGUUAUCAAAGAUGUUUGGAGACCAGCAAGUGCCUUCCUAUGAAGUGAAUCCAUGGACCAUGGAUGUUCUCUGCCGCCUAAUGGAAUGGAAUGAAACUCGAGAUCGUGAUGUUGCACAACUGAUUGAGGAUCUUAAACAAAAAACUGAGGAAUACAAGUCUGAUGCUGACUACAUACAGGAUUUCAUUAUGGACAGUGUGGGUCUGUCCACCUCUAGCCUUUCUAGUACUGGAUCCAGCUGCCUGAAAACACUGGUGGAUAGCAGCCUUGCUUUGAACCUGAAAGAUACUUGCCAAACCAGCUUUGUGCUUGCAAUAAAUGACUUGACGUCUGACCGUUUAGAAGCUGAGAACAGAAGUCAGAGAGAUCUUAUUAGUGACCUGUCGAAGAAACUGACUGAAAUCAUCAUGCUGGAAAAGUCUCUGCAAUCGGACUUGCUGAAGACAGAUACCGAUGUCAUAGAAGCAAAGGCAAAGGCAGAGAAUAAAAAACAGAAUGUGGACUUCUUCAUAAAAAAGAUGAAAGAAUGGAGCCAAUUGAGCCAAAAUUUAGAGAAUGAGCUGAAGAAGGUUGGAUUUGACCCAAGUUUGGAUCAUCGAUCACUGGUGGAACUCUCUGAGAAGCUGGAAAAUGUAAAGAAGGAAGUAGCAUCUUUAAAUGCAAAACUGAAAUCCUACCUUGAUUUGACACCUAAUCUCUAUGCUGCCAAAGUGAAAAUUGAAGAAACAAAACUGGAGCUGAAAAAAGUUGAUCUUCUUCUUUCUGAGAAGAUGGAGGGUCUGGAGAGCUUGGUGCCUGAAAGGAAUUUACUCAAAUGAACUGUUAACUGGCAAUGGAUGAAAUCCUUCCAAUGUGAAGCAUCCCUGAUUUCACAGUUUCUAUGUGCCUACACCUUGGACAAGAAGACUAAAACAGUGGAGUAUAUCUGUAUUUUUUUAAUGUUGACUUAAAGUUCUGACAAAUUUGUCACUUUGGGCUAAUGAGGUUUAUUUGAAGGUUAACAAGAAUUGUCCUUUUGUGAGUGGACACUGUGAGGAUGACAUUUAAGUACGCCAAGCUUCUUAAGUAGCUCAUCAACUGCUCACUCUUGCGAAAAUGUUAUUGUUAUACCAGCCAACAAUGAAACCUCUGUGGUGUCAUGACAUUUGUAUAAUGAGUUAAUUCCUUGUUAACUCUGUAUUUUAUGUAAGUUACCAUGGCUGCUGAAUCCAAUAAAAUUCCAGAAAGUGAA